AUGGGACUUGCCUAUGGAUUCGCUGAUGGUUUGUGGCGACUUGUCACUUACAGGACAGAGGACAGUAUGCCUCUCAAACUUACAGAUGAUCUGGAUGUGCCCUCCGUAACGACUGUCGAGACCGGCACAGAGACAGCUGCUUCGACACUCGUAGUCGCUGAAAAAGAGAGUAUCUGGGAGAAGGGUAUGGUUGCCUCUCACACAAUGAGCCAGACCGACAACUUCGCCAAAGCCAUCCUUGACGACGCCGAUAGAAUUGGAAUGUAUCUACGAUAA